AUGAGCUCUUAUCCCCAGCCUGGGGCUCUUACCGAGCAGCAGCCGCAGCCGGUUUUUAAUUUUUCCAGUGCUGUUCCUUUUAAGAAGAGAAGAUUUCCUAUAAUCCGGCCGACAUCUCCUCCUCCUCCGGAAGAAACUAUUUCUAGCCCUGUGAAGAAUGAAUCGAAGAACGAGCAAGAGUCCAAGAUUUCUGUGAAUAAUGAAUUAAAGAGCCAGCAAGAAUUGAAAAUUCAAGAUGGAGAAAGCCCAUCUUCGAUUGAUGCAAGAAAUGCAUCUUCUCCUGGGAAUGCUGACGUGAGCAAGGCCUCUGUAUCAGCAGUUGAAAAAGACGGGAGCAAUACCGAUUUGGGAACACCUAACGUGGACAAUGUUCAAUCCAAGUUGCAUGACGAGAAGAAGCCCACUGUUAAUUUAAAAUCUGCUGCUGAUUUGGGGAAUAAAUUUGAUAUAUUAUCUAAUGAAAAUUCUUCAGAAUCCGAUGUUCUGAAAAGUUGUGCGCGUUCUCAAAUUGCGAACAUGAAGCAGGAAACUUUUAGCGAGCAAAAAACUGAAGGCACCUGUGUACUCGAACCCUCAAUGGGCCCGAUGAGCGUUGAGCUGUCGUUGGUGCGGAAAGAACUUGCUGUUCCGUUUCCGGAACAUGAAAAAGAUGAAGAUAUCUGCAAUACACCCGACAAAUCUGAUCCUUCUUUGUUGUGUAUGGCCUUGAGCGACAAAGAACUUGCUCGAAUUGGGAAAAUCGAUUCUACUCUAAACAAAGUGGCCAGUCAAGUCUUCACCAAUCGGUCAAACUGGGAUUUGAACACAACCAUGGAUGUCUGGGAAGGUUCCUCGGGUAGUGAUGCAUUAACAGACACGCCAGCUGGCAUCGGUGGAUCUCGAAAGAAUGAUGACUUCCAAGAUGAGAAAUUGUCUUUGACUACAGCUGGAGAAAUUGGCUUUAGUUUGGAUAAAGGAAAACAUAUUCUGAAUGUUAGUGAUUCCAAUUCUUCUAUUGCAGCUAUAUUACACUCUAGCCAGCUAUGCAAAACUGAUGAUUCACUCGGUCUUAGACUUGCCACGCCACAUAGGGAGCCGGAAGUUAGAAAAGAGCAUUUUUCAUUAUCAGAUAGCUCGCUCGCCACCAGUUCUACUAGUUGUUUAGGUUUGCAAUCAGUACAAACAUCGGCCUCGCCCGUGAAAUCAGAACCGGUUGAUGAGAAUACCAAACGUGACUGUAAGAUAGGUAAUGGUAGCAAUAGCAAUGUGGUGGGGUUACUGAAGUUGAGUUCCGCGAAAACAGAGCUUGUCAAUAAUCACAAAGUGGAAACUGUACUGCAACAUUCUGUUAGCCCGGAUAAAUUAAUUUGUUCUGGCAAAUCACUGAAAUCCGAAGCUAUUCAUCAGCAUAAUCAGAAAGCGUGCAAAUCUGAAGAUGUUACACUUCCUCAAUCUUUUUCAAGAACUAUGCAGAAUCAGGAUAUCUGUUCAUCUUCUUCUUUUCCGGAUGAGAAGCACAAAUUGCCUCAAGUGGAUGAGGGUACUUUUGAAUUAGAUGAUGAUGAAAAGUUAAACGGCCCAGCUGAAGCAACUGAAGUGGGUAUCUUGAUUGAUAAAGGAGAAAACAAACGAAAUAAGGAAGAUGAAGAGUACGAGGAUGGCGAGGUUCGAGAGCCAAGUGCAGAAAAACAAGUUGGGUUUGGAAAGGAAAUGGAGAAUUCUGAGUAUUUCGGGCAUGCUUCUCGAAAUUCGCAGCCGACGGAUGAUCAAGACAUCAUCAGCCCAUCCACUUUUGACCCACCUAAAGAUUCUGCAAAGAAAAUUCUCGAGGAAACUCGUAACGACUCGAAUGGUGAUAGAGUCCGUCCCUACAGUGAAGAUAACUAUUUGCAGAAAGCUUUGGAAGAAGUGUUGGAAGUAGGGGUUGACGAGAAGAGUGCAAUAAGUGUAAAACCAGACGAGCUGCUUCAAAAUUGUCGUCCUGCAAAAGAAAUUUCGGUAUAUGAACUAGCUGAUGUUGACUGUGUGGCAGAUAUUGAGCUUGAAGAUGCAGAUAACAAUAACUCAACCUUGUCUAAAGCGGAAACAUCUUUAGACGGCCAUGAUGGUGUAAAAAAUUCCAGCAAUUUAGGCGACAAAAGCCGCAUUAUAAAUUUAUCUCGUGCUUCAGCCGCAACAAGUCCUUGUGAAACGGAAUCUUUUACAAAAACGUUGAUAACAACACAGCGUGUAAAAGAAAGGUACUCUGAUCUUGAUGGACAUGCACAACAAUGGGGAAAUAGGGAUGAAUUCUACACUGGCGGCCGUACAAACAGAUUUGUAAAUGAUCGAGCCCAGGAUCAGGAUCGGCCACAUGGCCCACACAGGAAUCAUCGAUCGAGUUUCUCGAACAGAAGGAGGAGAAUAUCCGGCCGCUUUGACUGGGACUCGUCUUAUCAUGACUUUUCCUCCGAGAUCCCUUACAGCCCGUCUGAUUACCGGCCCGCCAGGCGCCAGCUCACCUCUGAUCUUGACAUUGAAUGCAAUGGCUACGAAAUCCAACAAGACGGUGCUUCUGAUAGACGAAAAUCCAAGAACGAUGAAUUCCCUUCACUUCGCCGGGACAGAGAGAACCAAAACUUCUCCAGAUUUCGAAAUUCGAGCCCAAAUCGACCGCGCGACAAAUUCAUACGGCAUUUAUCUGAUGAAAAUAUCAACAGUCCUUCAUACAAUAAUCCGCAAGCGAUUUACGAUGAGCUUGACGACGGGCAGCAGCAGCAGCUUGUACGGGGAAACAGGAAUUUCUCCAACAACAUGCAGAGAAAGGAGUAUUCUCGGAACAACCGCUCGAAAUCUCCUGCCUGGGACUCCCCGCGUUUUUACAGGCCCGACCGUACGUGUUUUCGUGACGAGAUGGUUCCUAGGAGGCGUGGUGGGUCCCCUUCGUAUGGUGGCCCCAGACAUCAUCCUAGUAACGAUCCUAGGUCGGGGAACUCGAAUAAUAGGAGAGGCUCGCCUGAACGGGACUUCUUGAGAAGCGGCCGUAGUAGAACUGAAGGGUUCGAUAAUUCUAGAGAGAUGAUGGGGGAUUGCGAAGAGUACAUGAACGGGCCCGGUAAUAAUAAAUUCAACGAGAGGCGAGGGCCCGUUCGUUCAUUUCGGCCCGGUUAUAAUGGCGAAAGUGAGAAUUUCCGGUUUCAUUUGAACGAGGGCCAUAGGCCUUACAGAUUCUGUUCGGAUUCGGACGGUGAGUUUGGAGAGAGAGGAGGUGGACGAAUGAGAGAGAGGGAGUUUGACAGGCGAGCGAAGCACCAUCAUCAUCAGUCUUUGGGUGUGUCGAGGAGGAUUAGGAAUGUCGUGGAUCAUGAGGAUGGGAAUUACAGGACGGUCGAGCGGGCCUGGCAUGAUAAUGAUGGGUUUUCUGAUGGUAGAGAGAAAAGAGGGAGAUUUUGA